CCGAACGAGGAGCUUGGGCGCGCAGAAAAAAUCUUGGGCCAGAGGGAGAAAAUCUUGGGCGGGCGGAAGAAAAUCUUGGGCCAGAGGGAGAAAAUCUUGGGCGCGCGAGAGUCUCUCGCCGAGAGACGAGGGUUCGAGACAGAGAGGCGAGGCAUUGC